CAGCGCGCGCGGCGCCCGGUUGCCUGGUGUCGGUAGCAAGCGGGAAGUAUGGCGGCGGCAAGGAGCGAGGCGGCUCCGUUGGCUCUGGGAGCCAGGGAAGGUAUCGGGGGCACUGGGGACCGGCCGGGUGGGUUACAGGGUUCCUGGGGAAUCUGGGUAGCAGGGCUCAGGGGUUCAUUGCGUGUCUUUUCUCCCACCGUUUAUUAGGUUGGUCGCGCGGUGCAUCAUGGGAUAUGUUGUUUUUUUCCGCGGUACAGCCUGGCUGUUCGCUCAGGGAGUGGACUACAAAUCCCAGAGGGCUUUGCGCUCUCCACUCAACACUGCUCGUGAAUGGGGUGCAGAGGGAUCAGCUAAGAGAGUGGGGAGCUGUAGUCGCUCGUGGAGCCGGUUAAUGGGGGUGCAGCUGGGGGAAGGUGAAGGGAGUCUGGGCGAGUUGGUCCCUUCCCCAUUCAGGACAUGUCGGGGGGGGGGGGGUUACCUGUCCUUUUCUCCCCUCCGCUCCCCCACAAAACAGAGAGACCAUGAGACAAUAGCACUGGUUGCCAUCCACCUUCCCGUUGCCAGGGUAGCCCUCGCCCAGUGGUGCUGAAAUCACCCCACGAGAUGUGGCUGGGUUUCGGGUGUGGGGGAGGUGUUACCGGCUCUGUUGCAAGUAAGCAGCUGAUAUCCAGUCCCACAGGUUCAGUAGUUAAUUGGUCAGGCCAGGGGUUGCAAAAGUUGGAUCCAACAUUACCCUGUGAUGCUGACAUUCAUACUCUAAUUCUGGAUAAAAACCAAAUAAUUAAACUGGAACACCUGGAGAAAUGCAGGAACUUAAUGCAGCUGUCAGUAGCCAACAAUCGGCUUGUAAGGAUGAUGGGUGUGGCAAAACUGACUCAGCUCCGGGUACUAAACUUGCCUCACAACAGUAUUGGUUAUGUGGAGGGGCUGAAGGAUCUGGUGCACUUGGAAUGGCUAAACCUGGCAGGAAAUAACCUUAAGACCAUAGAUCAGAUCAAUAGCUGCUCAUCUCUUCAACAUCUUGAUUUGUCAGACAACAAUAUACCUCAAAUAGGAGAUCUCUCCAAGCUUUUGUCUCUAAAGACUCUGCUGCUGCAUGGAAAUAUUAUAACCUCACUUCGUAUGGCACCUGUUUGCCUACCUCAAAGUCUGACUAUUCUCUCUUUGGCAGAAAAUGAAAUCAGAGACUUAAAUGAGAUUUCUUUCUUGGCUUCCUUUCCUGAGUUGGAGCAGUUGUCAAUCAUGAAUAACCCUUGUGUGAUGGCCACACCUUCUAUUCCUGGAUUUGACUAUCGGCCAUAUAUUGUCAGCUGGUGUCUGAAUCUUAAAGUUCUGGAUGGAUAUGUGAUUUCUCAGAAAGAGAGUUUGAAAGCAGAAUGGCUUUACAGUCAAGGUAAAGGACGAUCAUAUCGACCUGGCCAGCAUGUUCAGUUAGUCCAGUAUCUGGCCACUGUUUGUCCUCUUACCUCUACAUUUGGUCUCCAGACUGAAGAGGAUGCCAAACUGGAAAAAAUACUGAGUAAGCAGAGGCUCCACCAGAAGCAGUUGAUGUACCAAAGCCAAAAUGAAGGGCCGCCUACAUCCUCUACUCCCAACAAAGUGGUGCCUGCUACAUAUGAACACAACAGUUCAAUCCAAGGGCCCCAGAUAAUUCUUGAAAGUGAACCUGUUAUCCAAAGGAAUUCUUGGGUUGGGCCAGGCUCCACUGAUGACCAUUCUUAUGCAGUUAAGAAUGUCUUUCCAGCUUCAGUGCAAGCUGAAAGAAGCUGUCGCAAGGAGCUGUACCUGGAGGACAUACAGACUGACGAGGACAAAUUGAACUGCAGCCUUCUGUCCUCAGAGUCUACUUUUAUGCCAGUUGCUUCAGGACUGUCUCCAGUAUCUCCCACUACAGAAUUAAGGCUACAUGGAAUCAAUUUGAACCUAGAAGAUGAUGAUAAUACGGUGAUUGUAUUUGUGAAAGAGGUCAAUAAAGUUGAGGAUGAUAACAAGCAGGAAAAUACUUCUUGGAUUACAAAAGAGUGUUCCAUCAAAGCAGCAGAAACUAUGGAAACUCAAGAGGAAGAUAAUGAGGAUGGAAUAUUGACUUCCCCUAGUCCAGCAACAGUCACUGCUAACCCAACUGCUAGUAUUAAUGACUGUUUAGCAUCUUCUGUUGACCAAGUUCUGUGCAGCCACCUCAAGCCAUCAUUAACGGAUGAUGAACCAUUAAUUAAAAAUCUUUAUAUUGACCAAACUAUAGAGAGAAAUUCUACUGAUGCAUCAACUGCUGUUGACCAAGAUGCUGAACUUCAAAGAAUGAACAAAGCGGCCACCAUGCUUCAGGCCUGCUGGAGGGGAUUCCACACCAGAAACUACCAUCCCAGAGCCAAGGAAGUGCGUUAUGAAAUUCGUCUAAGCAGAAUGCAAGAGCAUAUUGUUUUCUUAACUGAUGAAAUAAGAAAAUUAAAAAAAGAAAGAGAAGAAGAGAGGAUUCAAAAACUUGUACAAGAGGAGGCUGUCAGAUACCUUUGGAACCAGGUUAGAUCCCUUCAGCAGUGGCAACUUUCAGUGAACCAAAACCUUAGCACUUGGCAGCAUGGUGUUUCUGCAUCAAGUACUUUGUGUCCAUCCAAACUAUCUGUCCAGUCAUCCGGGCUCAAUCAAGAAACCUCUCCUGUUGGUAGUUCUACCUGGUUGGUUUCAGCUACUGAAGCUCUUCAUGAGAAAACUUUACCUGAGUUCCCAGACUCUGGCUUUCACUCCUCCAUAACUGACCACACUCAUGUUAAUGACUCUCAUGGCUCUGAAAAGAGUUCCACAGAAGGAAGUGAAAGCUCUCUGAUUGGGAAUUCUAUAGAAACAGUCAAACAGUGUGGCGAUCCUGUCUCAGAAUGUAUUUCAGAUACAGAGGAUGUCCAGGCAGACCAUGAGGAAUGGAGUAAAGAGAGCUCAAAUAGUGAGCAGGACAGUAGUCUUCUCCAACAAUACUUGAUGUCAGUUCAGCAGCUAGAAGAGGCUGAUGACCGGACAAGUUGCAGUGAUGGGACAGAAAGGAGUAGGCCACAGACAGCUGCAUCAGCAGAAAAACCGUAUUCUUUGUCUGAUGCUGUUUCUAUAAAUGUCUCUCAAGACGUACCUUCACCUGCACAAAAUGAAAUUAAUCAGACACCAGAAAGUUGCAAAUUGAAUUCAGGAGUAGUGGAAGGGAAGCAAACAGAAUGUGAUGCUUCAUUUCAGGUGCUGCCUGUUGGCAUAGCUGUGUAGUAGGCUUAGCUCCAUGGAAAAUUAGGGAAUACAGUCAUAAUUUUUUUUUUGCCAUUUAUACAGAAUUUGUAUUCUUUUCAUAUAUUCUAUUCUGGAUUCCUAGACCCAAGUUACCAGAAAGGCUUAACUUUUAAUAGCAUCUUCCUAAAUCUUCUAAUUGAAUGUUGAUGCUAACUAUGCUAAAUUGAAAUGAGUAAAGUUCUCUGGUGGACAUUACGCACUUUAUUUCUUAAUGACUCUUAUAUCUUAAUAACUGUUUUUCAUAAAAUAUAAUUCAAAGGAUUAUGAUCUUUUCCUAUUGGCUCAAUUCAGCUAAAGUAGAUAAGUUUUAGUAAGUUUUUAUUUUUCCUAAAAGUCAGAGCUUGAGUUUAUGUUCUGUAAAAAUAAGGAAACAGCAUGGGGAAAGAUAGAAAUAGAGGAAGAGUGAAGACUAUCUGUGCAUGUAUCGGUAUAAACUGACAGGAAAAAGGACAACAGAAUCCCUUAAUAGAGUUUCUGUGGACCUGAACUUAGGUAUCUGUCAAGAUUUUCAAAAGUAAGUGCUCUAAAACUAGAAUCCCAAGUUACCGACAGGACAAGUUGCAAGUGAUGGGGCAGUAGGCCAGAGACAGCUGCAUCAGCAGAAAAACAAGAUUCUUUUACGUUUUCUUUUUUAAAGACAAUUGAAACUCCUGAGUGCUCUGCACCUUUGAAAAUAGGCCAUUUAUUUAGAAGCUUAAGUAUGGACUUAGGAGAGUCAAAUUUUAGGGAUGCAUUUUUAAAACAAGUCUUGACCCUUGUCUCCCAUACGGCCCAAUCGUACUGUCCUUUCUCAGGUAAGACUCAUGCUAGAGUCAAUGGCAGUAUUUCGUGACUAAGGGCUCCAAAAGGACCUAGUGACAUAAGCAUAUACAGUGUCCCUCUCUGCCAAGUGAACUGCAGCAAUGUGUGUAGGAACAAGAUGAAAACAUAGUUCUGGAGGGAGCCAUACUGGUGUGGUUAAAGUGGGAGGCUUGAUGACCUGAUUAGAAGUAUUGAACCUCCACAAGGAUGGCCCUGUUAUCUGCUGGUAUCUUAGGUGUAAAUAUUAGGAGGAAAUUCCAUGAGUUGAAACUGCUUUCUGCCCCUUUGUUGUUUUUUUCCCCAUGUAAAGGAGCAUUAAACAUUUGACACUAAUUGGUUUUAAAUAUUAAUUGUAAACCUGUGUGUGUCUGAAUGUGCUGAUUUAGUUUUGCUACACCUUCCUUUUAAACUCCAGGGAAGCAGUGACAGCAGAUAAAUUAUAAAUGGCAGUUAGGCAUAAUACAGACCCCACUUUAGCCUGUUAUACCUUGUUCAGGGAAAUAAAAUAAUCUUCAGUAUGGCACAAAAGUAGCAAUAGAAAAUUAUUGUGCCAUGUAAUCGGGAAAGGUCAUCAGUAAAAUAAAAAAAAAAAUCAGCAAACGCACUGUAAGGCUGAACCUCCAGAUCACUAGUAUUGCAUUUUGCAGCAUGAGAGAUCGAUGCUUUUUGAAUUAUUUGUGUGAAUUUCUCUGAGGUCAAGGCAACUAAUCACAUGAACAAAGAUAGUUUUCACAAGGUCAGUUAUUGCUUUUUUAAAUGUAAAGUGAUUUUUCCAAACAUGUCACCCUGUUAAAUUCUGGAGAUUAUUAUUUUUAAAGGCCUUCAUUCCCGGUCCCUAUUAGGUCCUGAGGAUGGAAUUUACCCCUGUGCAGACAGCUAGCGGAAGGCCAGUGAACCACUUGAGUCCCCAAAAUAGAGCUGAAGUGGAACUCAAGUAGUGUAUGGGCCUUUUACCAGCCCUGUGCACAGGUGUGAAGUUCACCUUGAAAGAAUAAAGCUUAUCUUUAUAUAUAGUACAACCUUCUUUUUUUUUCCAAAAGUCAUGGGGGAUGUUAUAUAAGUACUGGGUAAUCUGGGAAUUCUUGUUGUAAUUAAGAAGCUAGGGCACUUGACUCUAUUUUGAAUGAGAACAUUUAGAUAAUUGAGGUUGAAGUAUAUUAAAUAUACAUCUUGCCUCCUCAUGCUAGUUAAAAUAUAUCUGUAGUGUAAUUGGGUUGGCAUUUAGUUGAUCUAAGGAGAUGUGAGAUCUUUACUUCCAUUGAAAUCAACGGCAGUUGGAGAUCUCUGCCUCUUUCAGGAUCGGGCCCUUGGGGGGGUUGUUUUUGUAUCAAUCUGGUGUGGAACUCUCAUGUCUCUCUUUAAAGGGACUUGGAGUGUACCAUUAAGUGUGAGAAGAUUUCUCUCCUGUACACGAAACAGUUGCCAAAUCUUGAAAGAAAUCACUAAGUGGUGACUGGGUGGAAGUGUCAAGUUCUCUCUCUAGUGACAGAAUGUCAGUGUAAUAGAUCAUAUAUUGAAAAAUAGUUAGAGCUCUCUUAAUUUCUUUGGAUAAGAACAGUAUCAAUUACUGAAGACUUCAAUUUUGCUAUUUUAUAUAAAAGUGCCUCAUUUGCUGCCAGGAACUAAGCUGAGAAGAGUCAACAUAUGUUGUGUAAGUGCCAAAAGGUAAUACCUUCAUACAACUAAUUUUCCAUGGAAGCCAUAGAAGUUCAUAGUAUUCCCUGUAGUAGUGGGACUUGCAAACACAAAUGCAUGAAGACUUUUAUUUUACCCAAUAUCUGUAUCAACUUUUACUUGUAACCUGUACAUCCAACUCUCUAUAUAACAUCCAAAAAUCUUUCAUUUCUGAAGUUAUAGCAAAAUAUAUACCAACGUAUAAUAUUCAGCUGUAUCUUGUUACUUUUUCAAAAGCUUUGAAGCACAAAAUAUCUCUUCUGUUAUUGUGCGGUAUAUCUUGCAUGUGUAGAAAAUAAAUUGCCUAAAUUUAGCAUAUAUAAACAUUAGAGAGAGAGAGAGAUUUGGAUUAAUAGCUUUUGCAGGAUUAAAAGUAAUUAGUUGUACAUAAGCAAAAAUGUAUUGUGUUGAGGAGCAGCAUGAAAUAAAAGGCUAAAUAAUACCAUAAAUAUGGAAAGGAAAAGUGAUAACGAAAGAUAAAGCAGAAAAAUAGCAAAUAAAAACAUGAUGUAUGCUAAAAUAGGCUUAGCUGAGCUCACGUAUUCUCAAUAAGCGAUUUUUGUAGUUGUGUCAUACUUUAAUUUAUGGCUCAAUAAUGACUUUUUCUUAGAGGGAAUAAAAUUUUAAAGAGUAAUUCGGUCAAUUCUGGGAUAUGUGUACACAAGUCCUAGUUGUGGUCUGUGUUGUUUUGGUUUCCUUACACUAUUUCUACAUUUUUAUGAUCGAAGAAGACAGUUUAUUUUAAUUUCCUCUUCAUGUAAUAAGUGAUAGACUGUGAAUGUUCACAGGGAGACCAUUUCAAAAUCUAUUUAGAGAACAAUGGAUUUAUAUAUUGUAUUAAGUACUCUCUUUCCUUCCUUAGAAAGAAAAGUGGGGAAAUUCCCCAUUGGAGAAGACAGAUAGAUCACCAUUUCUCUUUUCUUGUAUGAAACUUAUGUAAUGAUUACUAUAGUGCAUUCCUCAGGUAUCUAGAAUUGUCAUUGAAGUCAAUGGGAGUUGUGAGUAUAUAAGGAGUUUAGAAUCUGUUGCUCUAGAUACUUGGGUGCUGACUCAUCUGUCCUCUACACCCUCCCUCCCCCUUUAUUCUGUUUGGUAAACAAAAUGAAUGAGUGCUCUAAGGCCUUGGCUACACUGGUGCUGUACAGCGCUGCAACUUGCUGCGCUCAAGGGUGUGAAAACGCCCUCCCC